AUGGAAAAUAAACGUAAACAAUCUACAUCACCAACCAUGCCUGUGCCCGAGUUCCCGUCUGAUACGCUUCUCUUGCUUUAUGACCAAGGCACAGAAAAAAACAUUAAUAUAACCAAAGAAAAUUCUUUCACACUCAAUGGUAACUCGGCUAUAAAUAAAUACAUGACACCAACACUAACACGACGGAAAAAGGAGGAGAAAUCGUUCAGGCGGUUGAAAUUUUCAAAUUUGGGUCCUCCUCUUCGAGUAAAACUUUCGGCAAACGAGAUAAUAGAAGAAAUAACCGAAAAAGAAGAGAAUGAAGCGCCUCCGCAACAAACAAUCUUAGUAUCUAUAAAAGAUGAAGCAACUGGUAAAGAAAAUAUUUUACCACCAAUAAUUCAGCAAGUCUCCACUAAUGCGCCGAAUUCGAAUAAAUCAGGAAAGAUUUUUAAAGUCAACAGUAAUGAAUUUCAACUGUUACAUCUUAUUGGUCGAGGUGGCACGAGCAAAGUGUACAAGGUCCAGCAUGAAAACGGACAAAUAUACGCUUUAAAAAAGGUCAUUUUUACUCCGGGCGACCAAUCUUCGUAUUCAUGUUACAUCAACGAGGUAAAUCUAUUAAGAAAACUCGCGAAUCGCGAGAGUAUUGUCCGACUAUACGACGCAGAUAUUAAUUGUGAGAAAGGAUACUUAUUGAUGUUGAUGGAAUGCGGCGAAAAAGACUUGGCAAAUGUACUAAGUCAAUCUAGAAAUAAUAAUUCAUUAAAUUUGGAACAAAUAAAAAUAUAUUGGAAACAGCCUGCUAAUUUCAUAAUAGUCAAUGGUUCAUUAAAGUUAAUCGAUUUUGGAAUAGCAAAAAUCAUUGCGUUAGAUAAAACCAGUGUUCAUACCCGUUCUCAGAUAGGAACUCCCAAUUACAUGUCACCCGAAGCUCUCUGUGGAAUCAGUGGGACUUCCGGAGCAAAAACAAUAAAGGACCUGCAUGUGAUGUAUGGUCCUUAG